GUCUCGUAUUCAAGCUUGUGCCACCCGCCAUAACGAACGCUUCUUUAUACGAACGAGUUCGUUUGAAUGAGCCAUUCCAACGUGUGUCAAGAAUUGUGAAUUAGUGUUUGUUCUUAGGUGUGAAAAUUUAACUUCACACGAGAUAAUUGCAUACGACAAGACUUAUGGUGACAAUAUAAAGUCAUGGAAGUUGCGCGAAAGUUGCAUUUUGAUGCAUGUGAUAUUGAAGACGAGGAACUCAAUAUAAGCAGCAUUGGAAACAAUUCAAGUUGCGAUAUCGAAGAUGUUUUGGAUUCCUCGACAGAAUAUUCCCUAUCUACGCUACAACCGAAAAAAUUGGCUUAUAAUAGUUCACCCGAUAGUGAUCUCAAUGAUAGUUUUACAAUACCGCAUAAUAACAAAAUACCGACCAUUAGUGUGACAGGACCUACUGGUAUAAAAAUUCCAUCUCGUGAAACUGGCAGUUCACAAAAAAUGUCUUUAGCUUGUAGCCCUCCAUACAAGCGCGUCAGAGCGUUGAGAUUAUUUGAUUCACCAGCUACACCUAAAACUUUGAUGGAAAAAAGUACAACGCAUACUCCGCUUCCUAACAAAUGUUCUAGAUUUUUCAUAUUGGAGAAACCUAGACCUGUAGCUAGUAGUUACCAAGGUAAACCAAAUAAACCUGCAGCCAAUGUUAAUCCUUUUACGCCAAGUGGAAUGUUAAUAACAGCAAGAAAAAGAAGCAGAUCAAAACGCAGUCUCAAUGGAUCCCCAGACAUUCCUAAUGAUAAGUUUGAUCUCGCUGACUCUGAGGAUUCUGAUAAUGAAAUAGAACAACCAACUAAACGUGUUGCUUUACACGAAUCCAACAUUCCCAGGUACCAUAGAGAGUUCCAUGAACUUGGCUUGAUUGGUACUGGCGAAUUUGGUUCUGUUUAUAAAUGUAUUAAUAGAUUAGAUGGUUGUGUUUAUGCUAUUAAAAAAAGUAUUAAACCUAUAGCUGGAAGUAUCAAUGAAAAAAAUGCAUUAAACGAAGUAUAUGCCCACGCUGUUCUUGGCAAGCAUCAACACGUUGUACGAUAUUAUUCAGCGUGGGCAGAAGAUAAUCAUAUGAUUAUACAAAAUGAAUAUUGCAAUGGUGGUAGUUUGGCGGAUGCCAUAUUAAACUUGCAUAAUGAAAAGAAACAAUUUUCUGAAACAGAAAUGCGCCAAUUAUUAUUACACGUUGCUGAAGGUUUAAGAUAUAUACACAGUGUUCAGUUAGUGCAUAUGGAUAUCAAACCUGGAAAUAUAUUUAUUUCUAAGGAAAAAAGGUUGCUUGCUGUUAAUUAUGAUUCUGCGGAUGAUGGUUUUGACGAAGAAGAAAUAGUUGAAGAGGAAAUUACAUAUAAAAUUGGAGAUUUAGGCCACGUAACAUCUAUUAGUAAUCCGCAAGUGGAAGAAGGCGAUUGUAGAUAUUUGCCAACCGAAAUCUUACACGAAGAUUUUAAUCAUUUAACGAAAGCUGAUAUCUUUGCCUUGGGUCUUACAGUAUAUGAAGCUGGAGGUGGUGGACCACUUCCCAAAAAUGGUCCCGAAUGGCAUGAUAUUCGAAAUGGAAAUUUGAAAGAAUUACCAGCAUAUAGUAGAGAUCUCAAUGAUUUGCUAAAGUUGAUGAUUCAUCCAAAUCCUGAAAUGAGGCCAUCAGCCAUAUCUCUUAUUCAACACAGAGUACUAUGUCCAUAUGGAAAUAAAACGAAAGCUCAGCUUCGACGUGAACUAAAUGCUGAAAAGUUGAAGAAUGAGAUUUUAUCAAAACAAUUACAAGAAGCAGCUAAGUGUAUCAAAACGUUUGCUCCUAACGUAGCUGCAAUAAAUAACACAGUUAAUUCUGGAGGAUAUAGAUUAAGAUCUGCAACGAAUAAAGCAUCAAGCAUAGAACAUAGAACAUCGAACAGAGUUAUUGGCAAAAAGGUCAAUCGUAGCAAUAGCAAUACUAAUUUUUGAAUAUAAUCUAUUGCUUUUUACAUUUUAUUAAAAGUUAAACAAAAGAUAAAGAUGCUACAGAAUGAUAUUUCUGUUAAACAUCUUAAUCUUAAUAUUGUGAUAUCCUAUUAAUUGUAGUUUCUUUCGAAAGGUGAGCAGCAGCCAACUCUCAAACUUUCAUGUCAUUGUAAUAUUAUAGAACAUUGAUUUCAUUCUUAUUUAUAAAAUAGAUUUAUUAUUAUUAAAUCUUGUUUAGAAAUAUAAAUGGAUUUGGGAAUCAACAAGAAGAAACAAUAUUAAGUGUAAUUUAUAAGUAACAAUUGAUUCAAUGAUAAUAUUUCAAUGAUAUAAAGUGCAGUGUGUAAUUGCAUGAAACUAUAAUUAAUCUUUUUUUACUGUGAUGAAGACUGGUAUAAAAAGUGUGUCUUUUAUACAAAAACUAAGAAUUUUAUUAGAAAAUUUCCUUAGCUUUUGUUUCGCAGAACAUCUUUAAAAAAAUCAAAAUCACAUGUAAUAUUUCACAUUACACAACUGUAUUCUUCUUGAUUAUCAUUGUUACGAAUAUAUUCACUUUUUUCUUUUUUACUGGAUAAUAUGGUUAAUGAAAAUAAUUUGGUACGACAUUAUAUGACAUAUAAUAUGAUUGAUUAUGAUUGUUGUACAUUUUUCGAACUUAUGUGCAAAAUAAAUCUGUGCACUUAACGUUUUUAAAUC